GGAACAAACAAAUCCAGGAACAACUAUAUUCAACAUACGAUUGUUAACGCGCUUCACGAUCUCUUAACAGGUGCUGUUGUUGUGAAAUACUUUUGUACGCCUCAUAUAUCUUACUUGACAAGACCACGCUUUGAAAUCUGGCCUCGGAGCUAUCUGUAGGCUGCAACUCACCUCGUUCACUCAUCCACCUCGUCAAAACAGCUUCUCGGACACGCCGAUUCUCAACGAGCAACGCAUAAUAUGGCAUAUUCCCUUCCCUAUCCCAGUGUUAUUCCAGCGGGAACUGUGGUGACGCUCGAAAACGUCGCCCAAGUCCUCGGAAAUGACACCAAGGUCAAGGUCGCCGGCAUCGACGUCGACGGGCAGCUGCGGGGUAAGCUGAUGUCGAAGAAGAAGUUCCUCGGUAUCGCAAAAGAGGGCUUUGGCUUCUGUUCGGUGGUGUUUGGAUGGGAUAUGCACGACAAGACGUACUUCAAGGAGCUGAAGAUUAGCAAUAAGGAAAAUGGUUACCGCGACGUCAUCGCUAUUCCAGACCUCAGCACGUUUAGGCGGAUACCAUGGGAAGACGAUGUGCCGUUCUUCCUCGUCAGCUUCUACGACCCAGAUACCAAGGAACCACUUAGCGCAUGUCCGCGAGGAAUUUUAGACCGGCAGCUACAAAAACUGGAGGACGAGGGCAUUGGCGCGAUGGCAGGCGCUGAAUAUGAAUUCUACCAAUUCCGUGCACCACAUAGCGGCAAUGCUCCGAUAUCUGAGCGUAACAACUCUUCGACUGCCACCUUCCUCCAGAACAACCCAGUCGACUCCCUCCCAUCCCUCACCGAAGGCAUGUUUGGAUACAGCUUAACGCGCCCCCUCCAUAAUAAAGCCUACUACUAUGGCAUCUUCGACGCCUGCGAGAAGUUUAACACCCACAUCGAAGGUUGGCAUACUGAGUCCGGCCCCGGCGUUUUCGAAGCCGCCCUCGCCUUUGGAGACAUCAAAGGCAUGGCCGACCGCGCUGGUCUAUUUAAAUACGUUGUUAAAUCUAUCGCUACAACCUACGGUAUCACGCCCUGCUUCAUGGCCAAACCCCGUCAAGGACUGCCCGGAAACAGCGGCCACAUGCACAUCUCCCUCGUCUCCUCCUCUGGCACCAACCUCUUCGCGCGUGACUCCACGGACCCCAACCCGCCCUACCCAGACGUCGCCAACCUCUCCGACACGGGCCGCCACUUCCUUGCCGGCAUACUCGAAGGCCUCCCAGACAUCAUGCCCAUCCUCGCACCCACAGUGAACAGCUACAAGCGCCUCGUCGAGAACUUCUGGGCCCCCGUCACCGUCUCCUGGGGCCUCGAGCACCGUGCCGCUAGCAUCCGACUCAUCGCCCCUCCCACCGCCAAGGCGUCUGCCACGCGCUUUGAGAUCCGCGUCCCUGGUGCGGAUGCGAACCCCCACUACGUGCUCGCGGCGUGUCUAGCGCUGGGAUGGCGCGGUGUGACGAAGAAGCUACAGCUUACUCUGCCGCCGCUGGGGAAGGGUGAGGAUGUGGGCGGUGAGUCGGAUGCUGGGCAGCGGCUGGCGAAGAAUUUAGGGGAAGCGACUGUGAGGUUUAUGGCGAAGGAUAGUUUGGCAAGGGAGGUGUUCGGGGAUGAGUUUGUGGAGCAUUUUGGUGGGACGAGGGAGCAUGAGGUGAGGUUGUAUGAUGAGGCUGUCACGGAUUGGGAGGUGAAGCGGUAUAUGGAGACAAUAUAGAGGGGAACAGCCAACUGGUCUCCCAUCUCACUUUGCGUCGGCGCAUUUGCACGUGAAUACAUCUACCUCACCUGUAUUAGACGAACUAUACAAAGCGAGAUAUACCACAAUUUUACAGGCAUGGAUCGUUAUUUAUUCAUGUCCCCCAGGGCCAAUAUUAUUUUUUCAUGGGAGUCAACUGUCCCAUACCCGAGUAUCUCGGUACACAAGUAUCAAGUAUUCGACAAACGGCCGAUUAUGCAAUCCUUCGAAUCCCUCUUCGACACUCCCUCAAAGGCCAAUUCCUCACCGCCAAAUUCCACGCCAAACCUUUCCCAUUGACCAACUCCCGUGCCGUGCCGUCGUCCCCCGUCCCAUCCCGGUCCGCCCUCUGCCGCCCCACGAUGCCGAACACGGGUAAUUUAAGCAUCCAAAAUUGCGUCCCAGCCAAAUCUCGCGAUACUUGGCGUUGAUGCCGUUCUUGGCACAAACCCAUUGAGGGAUCGGCAAUGUGGUCUUAAUCAUCGGGAAACCCGGGGAUUUGAUAGGACUAAGCGGCGUGACGGCGUUUCAAAUGUCCGAGAUAUGGGUUUCGAAGGAUUCGGGGAUUGGGGUUAAGGCAUUGUCCAAUCAAAUAUCCCCAUGCCGUGUCAAAUAUGGGGCUGAUGGAAGCUAUGGUGGUGAUGGGACUGACAUGUGGACGAACAGGGGUCAGCGGGCUUCCAGAAAAGUAACACUAAUCUUAAAAUGGACUAGAGACACUCCAUUACCCCAAGGAUUCUCUCCUUCUUCCUCAAUAUUACUAACCGUACUGGGGUUAGAUUGCUCUACCAGUUCUGGCUCUGGUGAUCUUUCGUCUUUUCUCAUUUCACUCUUGGCCGCGCCUGGCUCAUUUCAUAACGUGCGCCGACUUUAUACAUGUUCCCGUCGCAUCGCCGGUGGCCUCGCCCUCGCCCUCCUCUCGCGACUGACUCCAUCCUCUAUCUUCGCUGACCGCGUCACGAGACACCAUGGCGUUCCAGGACGACUCCGGUCUAACCCUCCUCGGCCCCCUCACGACCAUAUUCACCCCACCUGCUACCUGCCAUGACCUCACUGUCCUCUCAAUCUCUACUGUCUUCAGCACCGUUAUCACCCUGACAAACACUAUCUCCGACGGCUCGGCCGUCUCCGUCCAUACCGUCCCCACCGUCACCACUUCGACCACCGCUUACCUCGAGAAAUACGACUACGUCCUCGACGGCUCCUGCUAUCCCGAGGGCUACACUACCUACUCCGCCUACUACUCCCCCGGACGCUGCCCCGCCGCCUGGGAGGGCGUUGUCACCACCGCCCAGAACGGCGAGACAACCAUCCAAUGCUGCCCCACCUCCUUCACCUUCAGCGGCGAGCUCUGCCGCUCAUCAAUCACCGAAAGCACCACCACAUCCGUCGUCCUCUAUAAGAAUGAGCUCCGCGUUGACCCCACCCCAACCGCAUCUAACAUCCCAGAUGGAAUGGUAUGGGCCACGGGCAUAGUCGUCCGCUACCGCGACGGCGACUUCCCUGCCACCACCUCGAAGUUCUCCUCUGCCGUCAAUUCCAUCGCAGCGCCCACCUCCACUCCCUCCACCCCCUCCACCCCCUCCACC